AGCAAAUUGAGGGUACGAAUGCCUCAUCUGGAUAGGGGCAGCUGCCUCUUGAGUUAUUUCUUACCCCUUUAUUGAUUGCCUUCUAUAUUCAUAUAUUUUACGAUUGGAAUUUGGUGCGCAAUGCUUGAUAAACACAACCUUCACCACAGUCAGGUUCGGUGCCAGGUCCAGGGCUGACGGAAGCAUAUUGUGCCUUGCUGCAAUGUUGGGGCCACACACUGGAGACUCUCCAACGUCCCACCAACCCUGGACUAGUGAGGAUGGAGGGCUGAACGGUGACGCACAGGGGGGCACGGCUAACCCUCCCCGCGGAGAGCCAGAGUACAUCAUGCGGCUGGUGGAGGACCUGCGCAGGUUUGCGGACGUGCUGCUGAGCCUGAAGGACGCCUUCCUCGCUGAGGAGGAGCCGGUCAGCGCUCACCGUGUGGUCCAGGAGCGUCUGACGGAGCUGCUGCGCAUCCUGAGGGCCAUCAUCGCCAAACACCCGACGCUCAACUCCACCCACAUUCUCAGUGCCACGGGGAACCUCAUCGCCAAGGUCAAAGGCGUAAACUUUAAGGAAGUCAACAAAGAAAACAAAGAGACUAUUUUUGGCGACAUACACACAUCCAUCGACUCCCUGGCGUUCACCUUUGGCAAUGUGGUUUCAGACUUCCUGAUGGGAGAUGUGGACAGCACCUCCAACUUGGGGCUCAGCAAAAGCAGAAGCCUGUCUUUUGACAAUCUCACCAGUGAUGCAGGGGACUAUGGUCGAGGCACAGGGGACAUUACAGGCCCAUUGCCUGAUGUGGAUGUGAGCCAGCUGAAGAAUGGUCGUGGGGUGGAGUCGGCUCUGCUCUAUGCCAAAGCCUGGAGCAAGUACACUAAAGACCUGCUGGCCUGGGUGGACAAGCGCAUAAGCCUGGACAUUGAAUGUGCCAAAGGCAUGGCCAAAAUGGCAGAAUCUGCAAAGACGCUGUUCAGCCAACAGGAUUACAUGCCGUUCAGAGAGAUUUACAUCUCCGCUUUCAAAAAGGACAUUGAAUACAGCCAGCUCCUUCUGCAGACCGCCGCUGCUCUCCAAACCAAUAAGUUCAUCCAGCCUCUCCUGUCCAGAAGGGCUGAGCUGGACAAACUGAGGAAGGAACUGAAGGAGCAGUGGCAGAGAGAGCGGAAGAGAAUGCACGAGGCUGAGGCGCUAAAGAAGAAGGCCUACCUGCUGCAGGUGCAGCGGAGGGAGGAGUACGAGAAGGUGCGCGGCGCCUCCAGCCGCACCGACGAGGAGCAGACCAGCGGGGGGCGCCAGAGGGACAAGCGCAGGAGGCUGGAGGAAGAGGCUCUGCUCAAGAUGGAGGAGGCGCUGGAGCAGUACAAAGUGUGUGUGUCCGAGGCAGAGAACAGGAAAGCAGCGCUGGCCAGCACUCAGGCCGGCAUCCUCACACAGUUACGAGAGCUGCUCUUCCAGUGUGACCUGACCCUCAAAGCGGUGACGGUGAACCUGUUCCAGCUGCAGCGGGCCCAGUCCUCCAGUCUGCCGGCGGCGCAGCACAGUCUGAGUGAGCGGGCGCGACGCUACCAGCCCGGCCAGAGCUACACACACUUCCUCAGCAGCCUGCCCCGCGAGCACACACACCUCAAAACACGCUCCUACGACCUCACCAGCUUGGGCUCCAGGGAUGAGGUGGAGGAGCUGCGGAGUGUGUCCCGGCGGAGGGCCAGUGGAGGAGACUACGGAGGAGGAGGAGGAAGUGACUCAGAGAGCGCAGGGGGCAGCAGCGAAUCACACUCCAUAGACUCCCCUGUAGCCAGCCCAGAAUCUGUGGGCCGAGGACUGCCCAGAACUCCGUCCACUGGAACCAUGUCCUCUGCAGACGACCUAGACGUCCGAGACCCAGAUAACGGUCUUGGGGACGGACAGGGGGAGUUGGUGAGUUGCACUGGGCCCUUCCAGAAUGUUCAGAUGUCCAAAGCCGCUCAGACGCACCGCUUGAGAAGACUGCGUGCCCCAACCAAGUGCCGGGAGUGUGACGGCUUGGUGGUGUUCCAUGGAGCAGAGUGUGAGGAGUGCUCGCUGGCGUGCCAUAAGAAGUGUCUGGAGGCGCUGUCCAUCCAGUGUGGACACAGGAAGCUGCAGGGGCGGCUGGCCCUCUUCGGGGAGGACUUCGCCAUGGUGGCCCGCGGCAGUCACGACGGGAUCCCCUUCAUCAUCAGGAAGUGUGCUGCCGAGGUGGAGAGCCGAGCACUCACCGUGAAGGGGAUCUAUCGUAUAAACGGGGCCAAGUCACGCGUGGAGAAACUGUGCCAGGCCUUCGAGAACGGCAAAGAGCUGGUGGAAUUGUCCGACCACUCGCCUCACGACAUCAGCAAUGUGCUCAAACUCUACCUGCGACAGCUGCCAGAACCUCUCAUCCAAUAUCGUUUCUAUAACGAUGUGAUCGGGAUCGCCAAGGAGACGCAGAAGAUCGUCAUGGUGGAGGCGGCCACUGACCACGAGGCCUCGGGCCAGAGGCUGACCGCAGGGGUGGAGCGCGUCGUCCACAAGAUGAGAGACCUGCUCCGGCACCUUCCGUCCGCCCACUACAAAACACUACACUUCCUGUUGGCCCACCUGUACAGGGUGUCCGAGCAGGAGGAGGAGAACAAGAUGAGCGCCAGCAACCUGGGCAUCAUCUUCGGGCCCACGCUGUUGCGGGCGCGGCAGACGGGCGCGGAGGUGUCGCUGUCGUCGCUGGUGGACUACCCGUACCAGGCGCUGGCCGUGGAGCUGCUGGUGCGCUACCACAGCGCCAUCCUGCCACUGCCCAUCGCCUCCUCCCUGCCCACCCAGCAGGCCUUCCGCAGGAACUCCCACUCGCUGCUGGACAUGAAAGAGGCUCACCCCAGCAGGGGGCAGCACCGCUACUCGUGUUUCCCAGAGAUGCAGCUCUCAUAUGGACCUCAGGAAGACGCCGCUUUACUGAGCCCAGGAGGCAGGUUAGAUGUUGAGGGUCAGAGGUCGAUCAGAAGCCCAGAGCUGCUGCGCCCUCCGCUCGGCCUGCAACAGCUCGUGCCGUCCCGUCCCGUCAGCGUGCCCGUGAGCGACCCUGUGUCCACGCCAGCGUGUGUGACGACGGUCAGCGUGCCUGCGAAGAGCCAGCCGCAGCCUGCCAUCCCCACUGCCCCUGGCACGGCCGUUGACACCAACACGCCUGAAGACUCCCUCCGAGGAGCCGAGAGCUCUGGCGUAGACGACGCGCUAACUGAUCCGGGAGCAGGCGGAGAGCGCCCGAGUGUGGCAGCAGCGCCAGGCGUGGGUGAAGAUGCCCACGGGGGCGCGGGCACGGACAAUGGAGCAGCGGCGGGCACAGACACGAGCGGCUCAGCCAGUCCAGGCUCGGACGUCCCAGACUCGGGCAAGAGAGCUCCAGACGCGAGCACGAGUCCGACUGCAGGCGGCGUGCCCACGUCACAGGUCCAGGGCACCGUGCUGGACCCUCAGGCUCUGCGCCGGACGUGGGAGAAGGAGUACCGGCCCCCGCUGCUCACGCCCCGCACUGCCAUGAUUCUCGCCAACCUCCCCCGUCCAUCCGCCGACGCCACCUCGCCCACCUCCAUCAUCAGCACCAUCAGCACCGUCACCGUUAGCAACAACACCGCCUCCAGCAGCGGCGUGUCCAGCAUCAGCACCAUCUUCCCCCGUAACCCCUACUGCGUGAGUGUGGGUCGCGGGGGCCCACCGGUGGCCUUUCGGGCUCCGCGGACUCUGUACCCUCCAUCCGGAACUUUCUACCAGCCCCCACCGCAGUCGCCGAGUCCCACAACGCCAGACACUCCGCCCGCUCUCUCGCCCACAUCGCCAACCACCCCAUCGCCAACCAGUGCCACCAGUCCCACCAGUGCCACCACCAGACAACGGCUCAGGAGUAGCCUGCAAGAACUGGAACCCCGGGAGGCCCACUUUGUCUAAAUACAAAGACUUGUAUGUAUGUGUGUGUGUGUGUGUGUGUGUGUGUGUGAGAGAGAGAGAGACAGACAGGGAGUGAGGGGGAGAGAGAGGGAGAGAAAGAAAGAGAGUGGUGUAUUUGCAUGUUUAUCGGUUGUGUGUGAGAGAGAGUGUGUGACAGAGAGAGAAAGAAAGAGUGGUGUGUUGGCAUGUUCAGUUUAUCAGUUUAUCUGACGACAAUGCAGGUGUGUCAGUUGUAAAGCCCUCGCCAUACUUCUGCAGCUCUCAUCCGGGUCCCACCCGUGGGGUCACUGCCGUCCCCCACUCAAGCCACUUUGUUUUAGUCAUGUUCUCAUGGAAUGUGGAGUUCUCAUGGGAUAUGUACUGUAGUUCUUCUCAAAUGUUCUGACAAGGUUCUUCUCACAGGGUUUCUCACAUGUUUGUGGUUUUGUUUUUGUUCUUUCAUCUCAGUCCACAUCAGUUAUUACUGUAUAUCAAGGAGUUCAGGUUUAUUUUAUUAAUCUAAAACCAAUGUUAUUUUUUAUCAUAUAUCAUUAAAACACGUAUUGUUCUGUCAGAGUAAACUACAUUCCGAUGAUAUGCAAUACAACUGCAUUAAUGUGAUAAACUGUACCUUUAUAUUGUUAUUUUUGUAUGAAUUGUGAAUUUCAUGUACCAUGAAUUAAUACAUGAAGUUACAACAG